UUUCUUCUACUUUGCAGCUGAACCUUAAAGCAUCCGUCAGGUAAACAAAAAGCAAAAACUACCUCGCUGUCAUAAGUGUUGUGAAUCGGAAAAUGGACGCUGGUACGGAAAACGCUCACGUGGGUGCCGACAAUAGCCCAUUCUGUCGGCUGUGCCUUAAAACCGAUUCAAUUGAAAUAGUCGCUCAAACUCCGGAAGAAGCAAACGAAUCUCUGAUCAGCAUCAUCAGCGAGUGCCUUUCGAUAUGGCUUACCGUGACGGAGGACUUUCCGCUGGCCAUAUGCCACUCUUGUUCGAUGUCGCUGGAAGCGAUUCGUCAAUUCCGGUACAACUGCCAGCAGUGCGACUUCUACCUCCGCAGUCAGCGCUCGGCGGUUCCUCCUCAAGCCUCGUCCGUGGUAUUGGUUGAUUCCGAUUUGGAUUCCUCGACAGAGCAGAAAGUUCUGGUUGGUCAGAAUCAUGGGCAGGUGCAUCCGACGAUGAUACCACAGGAGAUGUAUUCAGUCCAGGAGGUUCAAUGUGAGGAGUCCACCAUUGGGGCGGGAAAUGAGCCAAAUGGGCUUGGAACACCAUACGAUGGACAGAUGAAUGAACAGGCAGGGGUAGUAAUGGAACAGGCGGCUUCGGAGGUUAAUAUAUCACUGAAAAAGUUUGACUGUCCGGAAUGCGGUAAGCAGCUGUACAGUUCUAGAAUGUUGGCCCAGCAUGUGGUGCGGGAACAUCGACUAUGUCACGGGUGUAACAAUUGUGGAAUGUCCUACAAUAAUGAACAGAAGUUGCAUUCCCAUAGGGAAACCUGUUCCGGGCGACCGUCGAAAUUUAUAUGCACCCAGUGUCCAAGCGCCAAGGUGUUUGCCACAGCCAUAAGCUUGUCCAUGCAUUUGUACUAUGCCCAUGACAGUAUCAAGUCUGUGGUCUAUCGUUGUGAGGCCUGUAAGAAGAAUUUCAAGAAUCGAACCGGUCUUAAGUAUCACUACAAUGCGCGUCACGGGUGCACGAUGGUAGAAUGUGAGAUCUGUCGAAGGCCGUUUCCAACGGAAGAAAGCCUGUACUAUCAUAAGCAGGCGGACCACUGAAUGAUUUCAUCAGUAGAACACUAGGGACUAAUCAGUUGUACAAACAUAAAUUGACUGAACGUUUUUUUUUUAAUAAAGAUAGACUUACAAUUUUUAUUGUAUGGUAGUAAACAAUAGUUGAUAGCUGGAAAUUACUCUAAUAAAGAAUAGCAAAGUUAGAGAUAUCCGA